CUCCAGACAUUUAGCACGAAACAUGCUACUCAAUAUUACUCCAGUCAUACAAUUACGAUGUCCAUACAGAAGCCAACUCCUGGUAUUUGGAAAUUGACCCGACGUAGCAGUUCCUCAUGGACAGUAAAUGUCACAGCGUCCACUUAUCUGGACGUUGACUACCAGCUUAAAGAAACAGACAAAUUCGGAAUCUCGUAUGUAGUAGACCGUAAUCCUAUUGCAGGUAAAAACUACACCCUGGAAGUCCUCGCCUACAACCUGAACUCUUCGUCGUCAUCGUUCAAUCUACAUCUACUGGACGACAAUGGAACGCACCUGUACAGUCAUCCUGUACAUAUCUUGUUUGGUUCUUCAAAAAUAACUGGAUACAUGGCAAUUGUUACACCAGCAAAGGAUUUCUAUGUACAGUUAAGUGGUAUUGACCAAAACGGUUUCCAAUUCAAGAGGAUGUGUAGAAAAAUGACAAGUCCUGUUAGCGUUGAUUUAUUUGUGAAGCCGAUAAUAGGAAACCUUGAUGUUGGAGUAGUCCACAAUAUAACAUAUACACUAAGUAACCUUGGAGGAUCCCCCCAGACCUACACUGUCAGUAUUACUGACGACAAGGGAAGGGUUCAAAGUCCAACAUCUCAACAGCAAAUACUACCUGCAGGGAAUACCACAAGUGGAUAUUUCCAGAUAUUGAGUCCGAAUGAAUUGGAACUAGUGACUUAUACUGUGAGUGUGAAACUGUCGGGAUCUGCGUCAGUCCUUCAGUCUAGUAGAUCAACAGUUAUGUUUGCUGGAGCCGUAUGUUCUUCCUUCGUAUCCCGGAAGUGCAGAUUGUCAGACACCGGAAGUAACUGCACUUCGUUCACAUGGUCGGCUACAGCCGUCUUCUCUUUUGAUGUAUCAACGUACGUGGACAUUACAAACGUUUCACUGACCAUAGACUCUACCGAUAGGAAGCGUUUACAUAUCAGUGGAAUUUGCUGUCAAGAUAGCUUUACCGCAAAUGCCAAGCCGUCCGCCGGAAGUGGAUGCGAGACUUCACAGAGCGUGAUCGCGUCGGCCCAAGAGGAAGUGGUAGACUUAGUUCCUGUAGUUACAGACCAGGGUUCUCCGGAAACACAUCACAAUGAGAGUGUACCACACAAACACCAUACCACUAACAACAAAUCAAACGUUUGGCCAGUUGUCGGAGCAGUCGUUGGAUCUGCAGUCGCCAUUGUCGUUGGCGUCAUAGUAGUGAUAACAUAUAAGGUGCAUCUUCAAAAGACCGCAAAGCUGAAGAUGGGUCAAACGGACUUCCCUUCUCGUGUGGACAAAUCCAACAAACCACAGUUUCAUCAAAGUUCCUUAAGUUUAUAGAUAUCUAGAAUUAUGAUAUUAUCAUAUAAUAAUCUACUGUUCAAUCUAAGUACCUUAAUGUUUUAAGUAUUUAAAAUUGUGAUAUUAUUAUAUAGCAAAUCUACAGUUCAAUCAAAGUACCUUAAUGUUUUAAGUAUUCAAAAUUGUGAUAUUAUUAUAUAGAAAAUCUACAGUUCAAUCAAAGUACCUGAAUGUUUUAAGUAUUCAAAAGUGUGAUAUGGAAAUAUAACGGUGAGCUAUAACAGUGUGCUAUGUACAUUGUAGUCAUAUAAAAUUGUAACUUAAUCUAGAUUUGAAAGAUUUAAUCGUAAAUAUGUUAUUGUCUAUUUGCCAUUCCAUUGUUGAUUGCCUAAAUAAAAAAAAUUCACAUAAGCAAGACAUUUGGUAAAGUUGGACACAAUAGAUAUACAAGUUAGGGGAUUACAAGUUAGAGGAUUACAAGUUGGAGGAUUACAAGUUAGAGGAUUACAAGUUAGGGGAUUACAAGUUAGAGGAUUACAAGUUAGGGGAUUACAAGUUAGAGGAUUACAAGUUAGAGGAUUACAAGUUAGGGGAUUACAAGUUAGAGGAUUACAAGUUAGGGGAUUACAAGUUAGAGGAUUACAAGUUAGAAGAUUACAAGUUAGGGGAUUACAAGUUAUAGGAUUACAAGUUAGGGGAUUACAAGUUAGGGGAUUACAAGUUAGAGGAUUACAAGUUAGGGAUUACAAGUUAGGGGGUUACAAGUUAGCGGAUUACAAGUUAGAAGAUUACAAGUUAGGGGAUUACAAGUUAGAGGGUUACAAGUUAGAUGAUUACAAGUUAGACGAUUACAAGUUAUAGGAUUACAAGUUAGGGGAUUACAAGUUAGAGGAUUACAAGUUAGAGGAUUACAAGUUAUAGGAUUACAAGUUAGGAGAUUACAAGUUAGGGGAUUACAAGUUAGAUGAUUACAAGUUAUAGGAAUACAAGUUAGAGGAUUACAAGUUAUAGGAUUACAAGUUAGAGGAUUACAAGUUAGAAGAUUACAAGUUAUAGGAUUACAAGUUAGAGGAUUACAAGUUAGAGGAUUACAAGUUAGAGGAUUCCAAGUUAUAGGAUUACAAGUUAGGGGAUUACAAGUUAGAUGAUUACAAUUUAGAGGAUUACAAGUUAGGGGAUUACAAGUUAGAUGAUUACAAGUUAGAGGAUUACAAGUUAGGGGAUUACAAGUUAGGGGAUUACAAGUUAUGGGAUUACAAGUUAGAGGAUUACAAGUUAGGGGAUUACAAGUUAGACGAUUACAAGUUAGGGGAUUACAAGUUAGAGGAAUACAAGUUAUAGGAUUACAAGUUAGAAGAAUACAAGUUAUAGGAUUACAAGUUAGAUGAUUACAAGUUAGGGGAUUACAAGUUAGACGAUUACAAGUUAGGGGAUUACAAGUUAGGGUAUUACAAGUUAGAGGAUUACAAGUUAGAGGAUUACAAGUUAUAUGAUUACAAGUUAGAGGAUUACAAGAUAUAGGAUUACAAGUUAGGGGAUUACAAGUUAGGGGAUUACAAGUUAGACGAUUACAAGUUAUAUGAUUACAAGUUAGUGGAUUACAAGUUAGGGGAUUACAAGUUAUGGGAUUACAAGUUAGAGGAUUACAAGUUAGUUGAUUACAAGUUAUAGGAUUACAAGUUAUAGGAUUACAAGUUAGGGGAUUACAAGUUAGAGGAUUCCAAGUUAUAGGAUUACAAGUUAGCGGAUUACAAGUUAGAUGAUUACAAGUUAUAGGAUUACAAGUUAGGGGAUUACAAGUUAGAUGAUUACAAGUUAGAGGAUUACAAGUUAGGGGAUUACAAGUUAGAGGAUAACAAGUUAGGGGAUUACAAGUUAGGGGAUCACAAGUUAGGGGAUUACAAGUUAGAGGAUUACAAGUUAUAGGAUAAGUUAGGGGAUUACAAGUUAGGGGAUUACAAGUUAGGGGAUUACAAGUUAGGGGAUUACAAGUUAGGGGAUUACAAGUUAUAGGAUUACAAGUUAUAGGAUUACAAGUUAGGGGAUUACAAGUUAGGGGAUUACAAGUUAGGGGAUUACAAGUUAUAGGAUUAAAAGUUAGGGGAUUACAAGUUAGAGGAUUACAAGUUAGGGGAUUACAAGUUAGGGGAUUUCAAGUUAUAGGAUUACAAGUUAAAGGAUUACAAGUUAGAUGAUUACAAGUUAGAGGAUUACAAGUUAUAGGAUUACAAGUUAGGGGAUUACAAGUUAUACGAUUACAAGUUAGGGGAUUACAAGUUAGGGGAUUACAAGUUAGAGGAAUACAAGUUAUAGGAUUACAAGUUAGAUGAUUACAAGUUAGAGGAUUACAAGUUAUAGGAUUACAAGUUAGAGGAUUACAAGAUAUAGGAUUACAAGUUAGAGGAUUACAAGUUAUAGUAUUACAAGUUAGGGGAUUACAAGUUAGACGAUUACAAGUUAGGGGAUUACAAGUUAGGGGAUUACAAGUUAGAGGAUUACAAGUUAGAGGAUUACAAGUUAGAGGAUUACAAGUUAGGGGAUUACAAGUUAGGGGAUUACAAGUUAGACGAUUACAAGUUAUAUGAUUACAAGUUAGUGGAUUACAAGUUAGGGGAUUACAAAUUAGACGAUUACAAGUUAGGGGAUUACAAGUUAUAGGAUUACAAGUUAUAGGAUUACAAGUUAGGGGAUUACAAGUUAGAAUUUACAAGUUGGAAUCUUAUGGCGUAUUGAGGAUUCUUUUAAAUUCGUUUGAAAAGCAAGAGAGUUCUGCCUGAAGAUUAUACAUCAACCUUUGACCCCGAGGUUGCCGUUAUUGCUUUUAAUAUAUAUUCAUGAUAUUGUUGAUUGUGUUUCAGUUAAAUUAAAAUAUUUGCAAAUGA